AGGUGCGGAGGAGCCAGAAUUGGUCCAGAGGUGCUGGGGCCUAUUUAAGCCGUGAAAUGUGACUUCUCACAUGAUUCCAGCAUGAUCGAGAUAUCUGCUCAGCCCCGGGGCUCCCCUGCCUCUGCUCCCACCCCGUUGCUUGUGCGGGCCUCUUGCUGACCAGGCCUGGGAAAAAAGCAGCAGGAUGAAAUUCAAACACAGGCUGGAAGCAAUGCGAGGCAGGCUCUUUGGGCGCCCUGGUGCCGGUGAGCAGAAGGUUUCCCUUGGGGAGGUGACGGUGGAAGAGGAUGAGAGCAGCUGCUUGCUACCCAAGAGCCCCAGGCUGGGCAGGCUGUUCCCCGUGUCCCACCUCCGCGAUGUCCUGUCCUUCUCUGCUGAAGACCCAGACACUGAUGACACGUGUCUGGGGAAAUGGCAGUGUCUUGAGCCACCCCUGGGCACCUGCAGCUCCUGUGUCCGGUACGUGGCCUUCAGCUGGAACCUCCUGUUCUCCAUCCUGGGCUUGCUGACCCUGGCGGUCGGGAUCUGGGGGCUCCUGGACAAGGAGUCGCUGCUGGGCGAGCGUGUCGGGCUCCUGGGCACGGACCCCAUGCUCUUCCUGGCCCUAGUGGGGCUGGCGGUCAGCACGCUGUCCCUGGCGGGCUGUGCGGGGGCCCUCUACGCCAACGUCUGCCUCCUCAAGUUCUUCACUGGGGGCAUCCUCACCUUCAUGGCCAUGGAGCUCCUGGGCGGGCUGCUGCUGUACGCCCUGAGGCACCGGAUCAAGGACUCGCUGCGGGACACCAUGCUGCUGGCCGUGCUGCGGUAUCAGGAUGACCUGGACCUGCGGUUCCUCAUGGAUGAAAUCCAGAUGGGUUUGCAGUGCUGCGGGGUGGAGUCCUACCGGGAUUGGGAGACCAACCUGUAUUUUAACUGCAGCUCUCCCGGCGUCCAAGCCUGCGGCGUUCCAGCUUCCUGCUGCCUGGAGCUUCUGGGAAACGGGACCAUCGCCAACUCGCAGUGCGGCUUCGGGGCCCUGGGCACGGCGGCCUCCGUGGCUGGAGGCACCAUCUUCCUUGGGGGUUGCCUGCCCCAGGUGACACAGUGGCUCAACAGCCACGUGGGGGUGAUCGGAUCCUACUUUGCCUGCCUGCUGGCCGUGGAGGUUGGAAGCUUGUUGCUGGCCACCAAGUUGCUGGUGGAUGUGGCUCUCGCUCAUGCGGCGAUCCAGACGACCCGCGGCACAAGCCCGGAUCCUGGACUCACGGGGGAGAUGGGAACUUGACUAGCUCUGCACAAGCUGACGCUGAACCUGAGGAUCUUCAAGCCUUACCUACCCCGAAUGCUCUGGGGUAUGAGCCUUGCUCUCUGGAUAAUUGCAGAGAAUGGCCUUUUAGCCUGUUGUGUGGAAGGGGGCUUUGCUCUGCUUGCACAGCUCCUCCGCUUUCUGAAUAAACCUAUGGACUGAU